UUGUUUGCUUGCUUUCAUUUUGUACUUUUGGGUGACACUAUAUUAGCGCUCCGACAAAGGAGAGAGAGCCUGGGAUGGAGUUACCUUUCGCGCCUUUGCGACGUUCGCCCACGUGACCUCGUCGAUGGCCAGGGUAGUACAGAGUGUAUUUUGGAAGAACAGAACAUGGCAAGUUGCAAUGCAAAGGGCAGAGGCAGACGUAAAAGCCGGAAAAGGGUGGCAGGUAGCAGUAUCGGUAAUAUGCCUAAAGUAAAGAUCACUCUUAUAGCCGAUGAAUGGUUGUCAAAAAAGGGAGGACUCUCCACUGUAAACAGAGAGCUUGCCAUGGAACUAGCCAAAUCUCCUUCUGUUGCAGUCAGUCUUUUUAUGGCAAAGUGCAGUAAAGAGGAAAAGGAGCUGGCCAGUCAACACAAUGUUGAAAUCUUAGAAGCUGAUCAAGCAACUGGAAAAGAUCCAGACAGAUGGUGGACUUCGCCGCCUCCAAACUUUGCAACGGACUUUAUCAUCGGACACAGUUGCAUACUUGGGAAACAAGCAAAGGAUAUCAGAAAGUAUUUUCAAUGCAAAUGGGUGCAGGUAGUGCACACUGACCCUGAAGAACUUGGAAGCUACAAGAGCUAUUCAGGGGCAAAUGCUACAGGUGAAAAGAAAUUUAAGAAGGAAGUUAAACUCUGUAAAAUAGCUGACCUUGUGGUAGGCAUUGGUCCUAAAUUGGCAGAAGUAUAUCGAGCAAAGUUGCAUCUAUAUAAAAAAGAGGUUUUUACUCUUACACCAAGCUUUUUCCAUGAGUCUUCUGAGGAAGACCAAGCACAAGAUCAAGGAAAAACAUUCAGGGUUCUAAUCUUUGGACGAGGGGACCCCGAAGAUAUUUCUCUCAAAGGCUUUGACCUUGCUGCAGAGGCAGUUGCAGAAUUGCGCGAUGAAUCCUACCAUCUGAUUUUUGUUGGUGUAUGUGAGGGAGAGCAUGAUAAGGUGAGAGAAAGGUUGUUAGAACAUGAAGGUUUGGCAGGUUAUCAGCUAAAAGUCAGAGAAUAUAUCACAUGUCGAGAUGAGCUUGUUGAAACCUUAUUUGAAGCAGAUCUGGCCAUUAUGCCAUCCAGAUCAGAAGGAUUUGGCUUAACUGCACUGGAGGCAUUAGGUGCUGGUUUGCCAAUUCUUGUUGGCAAGAACACAGGCUUUGCAGCAGCUAUGAAAAAAGUCUUUGGUGGAGAAUCUUGUAUUGUGGAUUCUUACAAAGCCAAAGACUGGGCUGACCGUAUCAAGAAAGUGCGGGAAAUGCCAAGGAAGGAACGCCUAGACCAUGCUAGACGCCUUCGUGAGGAGUAUAGAAAAGUGCACUCCUGGAAAGAUCAAUGCAGUGAUCUUGUAGAGAGGAUGCUAGACUUGAAUCAUGGGCAUCAAGACAAAGCAGAUGCCAGACCAGGCAGUGGAGAUUCUGAUUCAUCAGUUGAGCCUGUUAAAAAAAGGAGACCACCUGCAGUCAGACGAAAAGGUCAUCACGAUAAAGCAGAUUUCAGACCAGACAAUGGAGAUUCUGAUUCAUCAUUUGAGCCUGUUAAAAAAAGGAGACAAACUGCAGUCAGACAAGAAGGAGAGAAAGACCACAAGGGGCAAAGAGGAGACAAAGGAGAUUCUGAGUCAUCAAGACAUUCUGAUAAAAAAGAGAGGGGUACUCUAGCCAAAGGAAAAGUUGUGGUACUCAAAGAAGACACACCCGAGAAUGAUGAAUUAGAAUUGCUGGCAGAUGAAAUAAGUGACAAAUGGAAGAAGCUUGCACUUCGGUUAAAUCUUGAGCCAAGAAUUCCUGACAUUGAUAACCAAUAUAAACAACUAUCUGAAAAGGCAUAUCAGAUGCUCGUGGAGUGGAAGCAAAGAAAUGCAGAUAAUGCAACUUAUACAAUUUUGUUUAAGGCCUUAGAUAAUCCUCUUGUUGGUCGCAGAGAUUUGGCUGAGAAAUAUUGUUUCAAGGGAUGGAGAGAUUAAUGCUAUGAUUUGUACGGCUAUCCACUUGGUGGUAAUAAAUUGACUAUUUAACAUCAAGACUACGAGCCCAAGAUUUCUAUGGGUAACAGUCAACUUGGCUAUUCCUCACUGACUAUUCACUUAUAGAAAACUUGGGCUCGUAGUCUAAAAGACCCUAUUCGUAAAUGGCUGCCAAUCAUAACUUCUUUUGUCAGUAUUAAAAUUAACCUAAAAAACUUCGUUUUUGAGUUGAUCAUUCAAAAGAAU